AUGCCCAUGAUCUCGCUACUCUCGCGCUGUUCGCGUGCGCGCGUCAGUCGCAUGCCCUUCGCCCUCAGACAGCUAUCGACUCUCCCGAAUACGCACAUCUUCCGCGCACUCCGAGACCACGACCCGGACAGUCUGGCUGUUGUUCACAGUUUGUCCGCCCGCUCAUUUACAUACGGGAGUUUAAUUGCCGAUGUUGUCGCGGCCAAGGAUGAUCUCGAGCGCAAAGCUGCCAAGGCGCAGGGUCAAUUGGCCGGUGAGCGGGUUGCGUUUCUGGCGGAGAAUAGCUACGACUACGUAGUGACCUUGUUGGCGAUCUUUGCGAGUGAUGCUAUUGCGCUGCCGCUGUCGCCUUCUUUUCCGACAGUUGAACUGAAGUAUAUUCUCGAUAAUUCGCAGGCAAAGGUGUUGCUUGCCACUGAGAAAUAUGCCGACAAGGCUAUGGAUAUCCUGCGUCAGGGGUUGGAACGUGAGCCUUUGUUUGAUAUUCGCAAGAAGCUCAUGGAGGGUGCUGCUCGUGAGAGUGUCACUUUGGAGGAGCUGAAGAAGCCUUCUGGUGGAAUGAUGCUAUACACAUCUGGCACGACCAAUCGACCAAAAGGCGUACUCAUCCCACAAUCGGCACUGGCAGCACAAGCCUCAUCCCUCUUACAAGCAUGGAAGUACUCCCCCGAUGACCGCCUCUUACACCUACUACCACUGCACCACAUCCACGGUGUAGUAAAUGCAAUCGUGGCACCAAUAGUAGCAGGCUCAUCCAUCGAAUUCAUGUACCCCUUCAACACAGACCAAAUCUGGAGACGCCUAGCAGCACCCUUCCAAUCCAACACCAGCACCACUCCCCCAUCCAAAAUCACCUUCCUAACCGCCGUCCCAACAAUCUACAACAGACUCCUAAACUCCUUCCCAAACCUCCCAACAGAAACCCAAACCGCUGCAAAAGAAGGAAUCUCCCCUCAAAACCUCCGCCUAAACAUCUCAGGCUCAGCCGCCCUCCCAACACCAACAAAAACAUCCUGGUCAACCCUAAGCAACGGCAACAUCCUUCUCGAACGCUUCGGCAUGACAGAAGUCGGCAUGGCAAUAAGCUGCGGCCUCGAUCCUGCCGACCGAGUCGACGGCAGCGUCGGCUGGCCCCUCCCCGGCGUGGAAGCACGUCUAGUCGACACCGAAACGGGCGAAGUAAUCCCCCCGGCGCCGAAGUCGACGCUCAAGGCCGUGAACGCGAAGGCGAGAUCCAGUUACGGGGCGAGACUAUUUUCAGGGAGGAAGAGUGUUGAUAUUAUCAAGACGGGCGCGGAGAAGGUGAGCGCGUUGGAGGUUGAGAGGGAGUUGCUUUCGCUUCCCCAAAUCACCGAAGCAGCCGUCGUCGGCCUCCCCUCUGAACAAUGGGGACAGAAAGUUGCUGCGGUCGUCGUCCUCCAUCCCGAUGCUGCUACUUCAAGUCGUAAUGGGAAAUCUUGGGGUCCGAUGGAUAUGAGACGAGCAUUGAAGGAACGUUUGGCUUCUUAUAAGAUUCCAUCCGAGAUGAAGGUCUUGGAUGCUAUUCCAAGGAAUGCCAUGGGAAAGGUGAAUAAGAAGGCUCUUAUUAAAGAGGUUUUUGAUGUUUGA